AUGGAGGUUCAGCGCUCCAGCAAUGGGCUUUUCCUCUCUCAGCGCCAAUAUAUGAUUGACAUCCUUGAGCGUGCUGGGAUGGCUGCCUGCAAACCUUGCUCCACUCCCGUGGACCUUAACCCUAAGCUAUCUGCUGAUGGUGAUCCCGUGGCUGACCCUACAGAUUUCAGGAGUCUUGCAGGCGCUCUCCAAUAUCUCACCUUCACCCGACCGGAUAUUGCCUACGCUGUUCAGCAAGUCUGUCUUCACAUGCAUGAUCCACGGGAACCCCACCUCUCUGCCCUCAAGCGUAUCCUGCGCUAUAUCAGUGGCACUCUUCAUAUGGGUCUCCACGUGCGUCCCUGUGCUCAGGACAACUUGGUGGUAUACUCAGACGCCGAUUGGGCUGGCUGUCCGGACACUCGCCGUUCUACUUCAGUAUAUGCAGUCUUCUUCGGAGACAAUCUGGUUUCUUGGUCAUCCAAACGCCAGCCCACUGUCUCUCGUUCCAGUGCUAAGGCUGAGUAUCGCGCCGUCGCCAAUGCAGUUGCUGAGGCCACUUGGAUCCGUCAGUUGUUAACUGAGCUUCAUGCUCCUCUAGGCAAGACAACUCUGGUGUACUGUGACAAUGUCAGCGCUAUCUACAUGUCCUCCAAUCCUGUUCAACACCAACGCACCAAGCAUGUGGAAAUUGAUCUUCACUUCGUGCGGGAGCGGGUUGCCAUUGGUGACGUUCGUGUUCUCCAUGUUCCAACGACCUCGCAGUUCGCCGACGUCUUCACCAAGGGGCUGCCCUCCUCUGUCUUCACCGAGUUCCGCUCCAGUCUCAACGUUCGGCCUUCCGAAGCUUCGACUACGGGGGCGUGUUAG